AACUUUGCAUAAAAUUCAGAACGAGAGUGAAACCACAGUUCCAUAUUGCAUCACUUUAUUUAAGAGGCCUCGUAAGCCUUUUCAGCAAUUUGAAUUUGAUAUUGCAUCAACCGUUAAUAGAGAGAAACGGGAGUUUGGUUUACCUUUUAUCUUUUGAAUAUUUUUUACGUUAGACUCUUUAUAACAGCAAUGUCUUAUCGCAAGAAUUAUACUCCCUCAACCGCGCAGCAUAUCAGUACGUACCCACGGCGACAUUGUAGUGUAAACGUAAAAAUUGCUGUGUCAUAUCGAGGCGUCUGACUUUCUAAUACAAAUCGAAACAAAUACUCGGAAGAUAUUGUACGGUUGAGAAUCCACUAGUCAUGGUGAGUUUUAACAGCAAACGAAACGUUGCUGUAUCACUAUAAAUUUUGCAUCGGCAAUGCUUUCAGCUCAGUUAAGUUUCUAUGCCGUGCCUAUAAAGUAAACGCUCCCUACUGCUUAACAGUAAUUUAUGCUCAAAGCCAAUUAUUUAUUAUUUAAUAACAAAUCAAACAUAAACAAUGGCCGUAACGGAAGUUUUAUUAGGCCUACUCGCAGCAGUCAUUGCCAUCGCUCUAUAUAUAACCCGGCGCAAUCUGACAUACUGGAAACGACGCGGCAUACCCUGCGACGAGCCACAUUGGCUCUAUGGCAACCUAAAUGGCGUGACGAAAACAAUUUCUUUAGCGGAGGCCUUUGCAAGAGUCUAUAGACGUUACCUGGGUACUGGUCCGUUUUGUGGCUUUUACACCCUGCAGAAACCCUGCGUACUUGUGCUGACACCGGAGCUGACGAAACAGGUAUUGAUUAAGGAUUUCGCCAAUUUCUCCGAUCGUGGCUUGUACACCAAUGAGGAAGAUGAUCCGCUGACUGGUCACUUGUUUGCGUUGAGCGGGCAGAAAUGGCGUUUUAUGCGCAACAAACUCUCGCCCACCUUUACUUCGGGCCAAAUGAAAUUCAUGUUUCCCACUGUGCUCUCAGUGGCGGAGAAUUUUGUGGACACCAUGCAAGCGGAGCUCGAAAAGAAUGAGGUGAUUGAGAUCAAAGACCUCUUAGCGCGUUUCACCACCGAUGUGAUUGGUUCGUGCGCUUUCGGUAUUGAAUGCAAUAGUUUAAAGAAUCCAGAUGCGAUCUUCCGUGACAUGGGUCGUCGUAUUUUCACCGACCGGCGUCAUGGUGAACUUGUUAACACUCUAAUUUCGGUAGCACCAGGUCUGGCACGUAAAUUGCACGUUCGCUUUGUGCCGGAUGCAAUUGCCAAUUUCUUUACGAAAAUCGUGCGCGAGGCGGUCGAUUACAGGGAGAAAAAUCAAGUUCAACGUAAAGAUUUCUUAAACCUGCUGAUGGAGCUGAACAAAGGGAAUCUAAAGUUCGAAGAUAAAACAGAUGGAAGAGGACUUUCAAUAGAUGAAAUGACUGCACAGGUGUUUGUGUUCUUUGUAGCUGGUUUCGAGACAUCAUCUACCACUUUGGCUUUCCUGCUAUAUGAGUUGGCGCUGAACCCAGAUAUGCAACAGCGUUUACGUGAAGAAAUCAUUGAAGCGGUAGGGCAGCAUGACGGCAAAGUUACAUAUGAGUGUAUAAACUCAAUGCCAUACAUGAAACAGGUUAUAUCAGAAACCCUCCGCAAAUAUCCAGUUUUACCCAACCUGCAACGAGAAGCACUUGCGGAUUAUGUUGUGCCCGGACACCCGAAAUAUGUUAUCGAAAAAGGCGCAACUGUCUUCAUAUCCGUCAUGGGCAUACAUCACAAUCCAGAUAUUUAUCCAGACCCGCAGAGAUUCGAUCCGGAGCGUUUCUCACCGGAGGCGUUAAAGACACGAGACACCAUCAAUUGGCUACCAUUCGGCGAUGGUCCACGCAAUUGCAUUGGUUUGCGAUUUGGACAAAUGCAGAUACGAGUCGCUCUCACCUACUUGCUUCAGAAUUUCGUAUUUAUGCAAUCAGGGCUUACUGAAGUCCCUUUGAAAUUGAAUAUUAAGCAAUUCUUGAACAGCAGCGAAAACGGCAUACACUUGAAGGUUGAAAGAAUUUAAGUUUAUAAAACGUACCGAAAUCGUGUCCUAAAAUUAGAAAAUUUUUUCAAUAUGAAAGAUAAG